AUGGCAAAGCCAGUAAGCCUUUUCGCGUACCCAAAGCCUUUCACCACGGGAUGUGGUGCGGAGCUGGCUUUCAGUGUGAACUUUACAUUCUGCCUCGUUCCCCAGAAUGGUAUUGGCGGGUUCAACGGCUUUGCAUUUGUGAUCACGGCAAAGGGCAAGGUGGGAAAAUCUAAUGGUGUAGGGUAUGGUGGAAUGGACAAGAGGAGUGUAGCCAUUGAAUUUGACACACUUCAGAAUGCCAACCACAAUGAUCCAACGGAGCAGCAUAUAGGGCUCAACAUCAAUGGCUCGGACAAUUAUUUGGUCGCAGUGGAGUCACCAUUCACUCUGACCGACGGUGAAUCAUACACGGCAUGGGUGGACUAUGACCCUUGGAAUUCUGGGGCACUUCAAGUGUUUUUGGCGAAUUCCAGGGUGAAGCCAGAGAUGCCGCUGCUGCAGAGGGAGCUGUCGCUGUGCACGGUGCUGCAGCCUGAUGCACGCGAUUGCCAAAUCCGCCAUGCGAACAGGCAAGUAAUUUGGGUGAGUGGGGUGUUGGUGAUGGCAAUGACAGUCAGUCUUGAUGAUGAUGAUGAUGAUGAUGAUGAUGAUGAUGAUGAUGAUGAUGAUGAUGAUGAUGAUGAUGAUGAUGAUGAUGAUGAUGAUGAUGAUGAUGAUGACGAUGACGAUGACGAUGGCGAUGGCGAUGGCGAUGGCGAUGGCGAUGGCGAUGAUGAUGAUGAUGAUGAUGAUGAUGAUGAUGAUGAUGAUGAUGAUGAUGAUGAUGAUGAUGAUGAUGAUGAUGAUGGUGGUGGUGGUGGUGAUGAAUAA